CCACCCGACCUACAAGUCCUCUGCCGGCGCUUGGCAUCAACAGACCCCGAUGCUCUUCCAGCCUUGUGCCCAAACUUGAUCAGCCACAUACAUCGCUGUAGAGGGGUGUUGUCUCUUGUGGUGGAUCAGAAGCUCAAGGACAGUGCGCCCGAGCAUUCUGUCCUAGUUCACAAGCUUAAGACUCAACUCACUACCCUCCUCAAGAAUGGACGCAGCCAGUCCUCUCGGUUCUCAGCAGCAAUAUUGAUCAAGGCGGUGGUUGACGUUGGCGGGUACGAGUGUCUACGGACUUCAGGGCCAUGGGUACAAGGCCUCUUGUCAAUAAUUCAGAAAAAUGAUCCCUUCCCGGCUAGGGAGAUUGCCAUCAUCACUUUGACGAGGAUUUAUACACUUCUUAACGAGUACCAAGCACUUGUCCGAGAGAUAGCAACUCCUACUCUUUCGGCCUUCGUCAAAGCCUGUCUGCAGAUUGUUAACCCUCCAGGAUCAAGUAAGGUUGGCUCACCGCCGCUGAGGCUCGUCGAGACGGUGGCCAACGCUUUGUGCACCAUUACGCCUCUGUAUCCGACAACCCUGCGACCGUUCAGCGCACAGAUCAAGACAACCUUCAGGAUUUACGUUGCUCCAACAGCAGCAGACCAGUCGGCAGUUCCGCAGAGCCUCCGGGUGUGGUCUCGGAAGUUGUUUGUCCUGCAGCAUUACACGACACCGAAGAAUGAUAAUGCAGAGGAGUGGGGCAAGACCAUAGAGGGUUUUAUCAAAAGCAGUCAUGCCACGGCGGACCAGGUCUUCCGUGCCGUGCAGGAGUCGUGGGAAUCGAGUAGCGGCUAUACGCGACAAAAAGUCGGGUCUGAGGGCGAGCCGCAUGGAGGCAGCGACUCGUUCGAGCAUUUACCCCCUUGGCUCGGCUUGUCGAGAGGUGCUGAGAGGUUAAUCGGUCUGCUCGAGACGCUUUCGGAGUUCCUCAAGUCUCCUACCAAGAUACCCGUGACCACUCCAGUCUCGUCGCUGUUGGACCUGACUACCAGAAUCACCCUGAUUGUGCCUCCUCUUCAAAAGGGGGCGCGGAGCCAGGACGGCACCCAGCUCAACUCCGCUAUUGGAAGGGAAGAGAAAGAUGAGUUAUGGACUGCUCUCCCAGACAUCCAGACCGCCGUCAUGAGCGUCCUUAUAUCUCUCAUACAGAGGCUGCAGGAUAACGCUGUCCCAAUAGCAGCAGACAUGCUGCACCAGACCAUCCGAAUCCUCGACGCUCAUGACCAGGUUCCAAUCGUCCGCGAGCAUGUCUACGUCCUUGCCCACAGACUUCUCCUCCUUCACGGUCCUACCAUGCCCAAGCUCAGUGUCAAUUCUCUCGACAAGCUCAUACAAUCCUGCUGCCGCGACCUCCUCACCGCAUCAGGGCACGCCAGGCCUAAAGCCUCGCCACAGGACGUGAAGCCCGCGAAUAGCAAAGCAUCCUCCGUCAAACCCUCCUCCAAUGCAGACGCCUAUUUGACCAUCCGGUCCAAGGCUUCGUCUGUUGCGGUAACGGACGUCUCCAAACCACACCUCGAAGCUGCGUCCUUCCUCUUAGCGACAUUCCUAUCUCAUCUACCUCAGCAGCACCUCAAGCAAACACUCCGGGCUCUCGUUGAUCGCACUGCAGUGCUGUCUCACAAUAAGGAAGCGAUGGUGGCGAGCGUUUUGAAUCCGUACCGUACGAGGACGGGCAAAUUGCUUGCAAGCGUCUUUCCUUUCUUGUCGAGGGACUUCCCUAGGGAUAGGGAAGUUGAGGUCCUGAGGAGUAACUUGCGGACAGAUAAGGCAGCUACCAUUAGCACAGGCGAUGGUGAGGAUGAUGAAGAAGUUCUGGAGAAGAUGCAGAAUGGUGGCGAAGACGCAGAAGAAGAUCUGGAGGUUGAUGCAGAGGAAGAUGGCCUGGAUGUGGGGGAGGAGGAGGAGGAGGAGGAUCAGGACGAGGAGAUGGCUGAUGCUGAAGCA